UCGACCAAGAUCAUUCGGCGUUCUGGCUGUUCCUAUUGGAUAAUAUUCCGUUAUAAUUCAUUCUCGAGUAGAUUGAAUAGAGAAAAUUGUAGGAUAUGAUUACCACAAACGUUGUAAUGAUUUUAAAAUCAGAGUUUAUUCAUUUAGGAAUGUCUUGUCUUCGAUAAGGAAUUCAAAUGAAGCUCUUAUACUACUAUUAUUCCCAGUUACAAUGGUUGAGAUUUUUCAAUACAACUGAACUAUAGUAAACAUAACAUACAACUUUUCCGUAUCAUGGGAUGUAUUAAUACAAAACGAAGGAAAGAUGCUCUCCGCAAAGGAAUCGACGUUACACCAACAAAGCGGACCAAAAAUUAUUUGAAACAAAACAAUGAACAAAACGAUUCGCCAAGUAAUGGGAGGUGUCAUUCCGAACCCUUUCCGGAAUUUACAGAUCGGCAAAAACAACUGGUGGUUGAUUCAUGGAAAAUUAUCCAAGAAGACAUGUCCAAAGUUGGAGUUGUAAUGUUUAUGAAAUUAUUUGAAACCCACCCUGAUGUACAGGAAGUUUUUAUGCCUUUCAAAGGAAUGACAAAGGAAGACUUGCAAUACAGCAAUCAACUGAAAACACAUGCUUUACGGGUGAUGGGGACUGUCGAUAAAUGCCUUGCUAGAAUCGAUGACAAAAAAAAAGUUCAAGAAAUGCUCCAUGAUUUAGGCUCUAGACACGCUAUGUACAAUGCCAAAGUAGACUACAUUGAUUUGAUAGGCCCGCAGUUUAUAUGGGCAAUACAACCAGCUUUGAAAGAACAAUGGAAUAGUGAAGUUGAAGAGGCGUGGUCAGAUUUGUUUAAAUUGAUAUCGCAGCUUAUGAAAACAGCAAUGACAUUUUAGAAAGUUAUAUUUUAUUUACAAAGACGUUCCGAAAUAUUUCAAUGCGUUAAUGUACUGGUCAUAAUCAGUUAUUUUUUUAAAACACGAAUUUCAAAUUACUAAGUAAGGAAAUUGACAAUCAUUGCCAGUUGACCUAAUAACGUCAACAAACAAUCGAUUUUAAUUUUGACGUCAAUGUGUCAUUUACCAGCUUCACACAAUCGGAUAACUUUAAUAUUUCCUGAAAUGGCAGACGAAUUUAAAAUGCAUUAAGAUAUUACACUGGAUAACGUAGCAUACACUCUAUCAAUAAAAGAUACUUGGCUUAAUGAUUAUAAAAUUUGAUCAACAACUUAAAUGCUUAUAAUACCAAGAUACUUGUGGUAGACAUUAAUUAUCCAUGAAAUCUGCCGAAGAAAUAUGACUGAUCAUGAUUAAUAUUUGAUACAGUGAACAUCUCACUACAAAAUCAUUCAUACUCAAUAUCAAAAUGUACCUCUAUAAUACGAGUUUGUGUUUAAGUAUUUUGUUCGUACACAUUUUACUAUUAAAAAUUAACUUUUGCAUGAUCUCAA